GAGGGCUCCGGGAGCCGAAUCACCGGUUUAAUAUGGCAGCGGUGACUCCUACUGAAGAGAUUGGACCAGUGCGGAUGGGUGUGCGUUUUGCCAAUACUGCGGUUUCUUCUUUGACUAGGAGCACAAUACAGAGGCACACACCGUUUCGUCAGACCCCUAUUAAACGGAAAAUUCCUACAAAAGAUGUGACAAAUGUCUGCUUGCAGGAGAACCCGGAGCAGAUUGCAUUGCUGCUGCAGAAACAAUGGUGCCUGUACCACGUGACUCCUCUGUACAAGUUCUCCUAUGCUAUGCUGAAGAAGUACUCAAGGGAUCUGUCUGUCUUCUUCCAUGCUGAGAAGAAAAGACUGGCUGUGGAAAUAGGAAUCGAGCUCAGCAGCAAGGCUAACUUCUCCAUGCUCGCAGGGCUGAAAUUGACUGAGCACGAUCCCGAGGCAGUGUUCAUACAGAUAAGCAGCAAAUCUCAGGUGCCACCGUUGAAAGAGAAGGUGGUAUGGACCGGUUGGCUGUGCUGUGUUGAUGGUGAUUUGGGCUUCCUGGAGUCUCUCCCAGGAGAGUUUAUUUGCCUGCCCCUUCUUUUUGUAAAUGGCACUGAAACCAUAACAUCUCUGGUGGCGGCCUGGUUCCAGAAGACUUUUGACUGCUACAUCAGUGCUUUUCGCAUCAGCUCUGAGAACUUGUGCUGGAUGGCUGCUAUGUGGGUCAACUGCUUCUCAGGCUCUGUCCAGCGAUCUAUGGAGCUGGAGUGGACUGUGCCCGCAGUACAACUGACCAUUUCACUUACUAUUCACCCAGAGGACGCUAAAGCCUUGUGGGAUAGUAUCCACAGAGACAAAGAUGAGAUUGCCAUUGAGGAGGUGGAGCUUUUUAUGAGCAGCCUUCAUUCACACUUCCACAGGCAUUUUGGAGUGAGGUUGGCAGCAACUCACCUGGUUAAGGUGUCAACAGCUGUGGCAUCUGCUCACUGUGAUGGAAAAUUAAAGCUGUUCAACAGCAAGCAUAUAUACCAGGUGCUGUCAUUCUUAACAGAGCUGGCUUUUCUUCAAACACAAUACCAACCUAAUCUAUCCAGGAAUGUGGACUACCUUGACUGAUGCUUUGCUGGAGCCCUGAAAGAGGUAACAGGAGGUCAAUUUAUUCCUGUUCCAGAGAUGCAACCAGCUAUCCAGCCAAGUGCAUGAAAUGUUCACUGUAUAAAACUGAGUCAAUGGAUUUGAGUGAUGGAGAAUGACCAUGAUUCUCUCAGCAGCAUUCAACUUUCAUGUAGAUGAACUCUUCACACCUCUAAAUGAAAUGUAGUUCAUUCUAGCUAGAGGAGCUCAGUUACAAGGCCAAUUUCUCCUUCAUCCUUGUGUGGGAGCUGGCUUCUGUCAGUCAUCAACCAGCUUGUAAAUUGUUUGCAUCUAUUGGCAUCUUACUAGGUAUGCAAAAUUGUAUCAGACAUUUUAACACGUGGUGUUAAAUAAACUUACUGUUCCAUGUAGCUUUCUUUCUUUUAAUAACUUGUCAAUGCUUACAAUAAGCAUUUAGUAGUGUUCUGAAAUGUUCCCAUGAUUUUCUAUAGGUUCACAACUACAUUUUAUUCAGCAGGACAAAAGUAAACUUACUCACUAGCUAGUGCCUUCAGUUUAGAUAGAUAUGUACAACAAAAUGUUAUGACAGUUAAGUUAUUAAAGGGAGAAAGAAAGUCUUUGAAGUGACCACCUGCUUUUUUUUAAAAAAAAUAAGAUGCUCCCAAGUCUGCAGCUGACCAAGUUAGAGCAAUUCACUAUCUUUAAGAUGGACCUCAAUAAAGUAUCUAAAUCCUAAA